AUGGAUAAAGCCGCCCUGGGCCAGAACCUGUGGCGUUAUGGGGUGUUCAACAAUCUUGGCCAAUACAUCCCUGUGACUGAGCAGGUUGCUUCUCAGUGUGGUUUCACCAGCACCACAGACCUUUACGGCAACCCAGAGAUCAGAGUGUCUUUCCUGGCAUGCUCUGUCCAAAAUUUGUUCGACCAGGAGUUCAGCCUGCAUCUGCAGGUGGAAGUAACCAAUCCGGCGAACCUGACUGCUGCUUACGACGUGUCCAUGAAUUGCCCUCUUGGAGUCCCGUGGAGCCCCCGGGAAAUUGUCUGUGAAGAAAACUACAUGGAGGUGUCCGUCCGGCGUGCCGUCCCGGGAAUAGCAAAUGAGGCCCUGAAUGAGGACUGGAUUGCCGUGUGGCCUGUGGCCCAGGGGGCUAUGAACCAAGUGUGGCAAGUGGUCUUCCACUUCCAGAAUGGCUCCCUGCAGAACAUGAUGGCCACUCAGGCCCAUGCUUUGGGCUAUGGGGUCAACACCACAGCAACCCGUGUCCUCUUCCGCACACCCUACAGCACGCAGCAGACGGAAAUCACCAAGGUAAGCAGCCUGGAAAUGGAGGUUGCCCGAGCGACUGUCUUCUACAAGCAGGCCUGGAUGAUUUUGAUGGUGGACACUGCAGUCGCCUGCCCCAUCAACCCUCCGAUCUUCACAUCCUCCGCACUGAGCUGGGUAUCUCCACGGAUCAUGCCGUCUCUGGUGAAGUUCCCAGACCUGUUUCACGAUGAAGCCAUGGAGAUGGGCCUGGACGGACGUGUGAUCAAUACAGCCACCGUCGUGAGCAACGGAUACGUCUUCCUGACAGAUGCCGACUUCGUCAGCAUCUCCGUCCCCAUUGGGGCCCCAGGGGGGCUCACGGAGAGCGCCGUGAUCGACAACCGCUACGGCACGACGUACCGCAUUAAGCUGUUGCUGGACCGCAGGUGGCAAGGGGAUGAGAGUGACCGGACGCGCCACCGCAGCCUGAAGGACAUCCGGACACCCUUCGCCCCUCACGUGCUCAUCCUCAUCAACAACACUGUCCCGGACCGAGGCUACUUCGAUGUCAGCUUGGGCAACUUCCUCCCUGACGUGGCGCUGGUGACUGUGGCGAUCGGUGGCAAGCCCUUGACUCCCAGAGAGCUCCAGAGCCGCGGCUGCAACCUGGCAGAGGUUCCCAAUCCCAACGGCACCAGGGCCUUCACUCUGGCGGUCCCUUUUGAUGACCCUCUGAUACAGCAAGAGUAUCUGUAUGGCAACAUCCGGAGAUACACAUUGCCCCUGCUCUACACCUUCAACCUGGUCCCCAAAGAUCAGCCUCUUGUCCACUCUGCCACCAUUGAAUGUGAAGUCGCUGAUGUUGUCCUUCCAACCGUCGAGGGCUUCUGUGAGGCGGGAAGGAUCGUCCUGGAGAUGACCCAUGGCAAUCUGGAUCGCCACUGGGUCCCGUAUGUUGGGGAUCUGCGGCUGACAGCCAAGGUGGCCGAGUCCCAGAACUACACCUUGUGGGACGAUGGCGGCCGUUUCCACUUAUCUGUGCCCCUCCUGGCAGCUGGUUUGGUGUAUGAGGACAUUUCCCUUGAAGGCCUGACCGCCCGUCUCGACUUCAAUCUGAGGGAUAACAAGACUCUAUCGGCUAUAGUGACCUUUCCGGUUUCUUGUGUCUUCCCUACUGGGAAACUCCUGGUGUGUUUCGCCAAUGGCACAAUGGCCGCCACAGUUCUCAGCCUGGACACCAAACCUGCCUUGGACCCCAGGAGAACCCACCUUCGAGACCGGAACUGUGGACCGGUGACAGCUGAUGAAUCCAGGGCCCUUUUCUCUUUCCCGGUCACCGCUUGUGGAACAACAAGAAGGUUUGAAGGCGAUUACUUGGUGUAUGAAAAUGAAGUCACCUUCAAGAGACACGAGAUUCCAGAGGCCAAUCCAGUUAUCACCAGGGACUCCCAAUAUAGGUUGACUCUGCGCUGCCGUUACCCCCUGAAUGAGACUCUCAGAGUGUGGGCUCAGCAGUUCGUGGGGGGCAUAGUUACACCUGUGCCCUAUGCCCUUGCGGCCAGAGCGCCCCUCGCAGCUUACCGCCAGGGAAGAUCUAUGGAUGACAACAUCUUUUUCCAGAAGGCAGGGGCUGUUUCGGCAGGAGUGGCCGAACCGAUGAGGGUCUGCUUGCCAGCCCUUGGCAUGGUCUUGUUUGGAGUAGCUUUGCUGGUAGGCAUCAGUGCUUGA